UUCAAGAGGCUCAGAGACGCAAGAAUUCAGGAGAUAGAGACAAAUGGACUCUGGUGAGCCAUAUCCAUCCACAACCCCAAGACCUGCUGGCUUCACCAUCACCAUGAAAGCCUUCACAAGCUUGAUCGCAGUGUUCGUUAUUGCACAGCUCGGGACAGUGCUUUUUGGCUUAUAUCUUCACAUGAAGGUGGACAAGGUCGGAGAUGAGAUCAGCCUGUGGGAAGAUUUUGUGUUCCUCAGAAGACUACAGAAGUGUUGGAAUCCACAAGAUGGUGGUGCAACCCUCCUGGACUGCGCAAAGAUAUUGAGCAGCUUCCAGGACCUACUACAGGAUCAAAAGAUCAAGAUUCCACAAGAAAGCCUCCUAGCCAAGAGAACAGGUGACAAAAGGCAAGCUGCGAGCAUCCACCUGGCUGGCUGGAAGAGCAGUAAGAGAGUUUUGCAGUGGAAAAAGUCACCCUAUGCUCCAAUGGAUAACGACACACUUGCAUACCAAGAUGGGAAAAUCAAAGUUGGCAAAAGAGGACGUUACUAUAUUUAUUCCCAGGUUGCCUUUUGCUCCAAGCAUGCACCAUUCAGCCUCUACGUAUAUUUGAACCUUCCAUCAGAGGCAGAUCAGCUGCUGUUGAAAGGAGUGGGGACUUAUGGCACAUCAGACGACCUGUGCAGUCUGCAGUCAAUUCAUGUAGGGAGAGCUGUCGAGCUCCAGGAAGGUCAUGUCAUCUUUGUCAAUGUGACGAACUCAUCUAGAGUGAAUUAUGACCAUGGAUAUACCUACUUUGGCAUGUUUGAACUAUCCUAGAAGAGGCCGAGAAGAGGCUGGAGCUUUGUUGAACAAAGCUGGUCCCCCAAAUCCUAUUUAUCAUAACCCACUUCAUAUUUUGUUUCAUUUUUCCCUACACCCUGUAUAUUUUAUUUUAUUUAUUAAUGAGAGUUGGAGCAUGGCUCCUCAGAAGCAAAAUGUAAUGCUGGAAAGCCAGGCUUCAACAGAUGCAACACAGGUGUCGCUGGGCUUGUUGAUAUGCUCCCUCCUAAGCACUUGUGUGCUGGCACAACAAGUCUUGGGAUUGCUUUUCACAUUGCUUCCACUUCCGGAGCUACUAGCCAAAUAGUUAGAAAAAUCAACAUGCAACUCAUACUUUUCAGACAUGACACACGUACCAUGGGGGAAAGCCCAUAGCUGAGUGGCGCGUGCUUUGCAUGCAAAAGGUCCUAAAUUCCAUUCCUGGUAUCUCAGAAUGGGGCAAGGGGAGACCUCUACUUGAGAGCCACGGCAUGUCAGAAUAGGCAAUACUGAUCAAGCUGUAGCUUUUGAGCUCUUAUUUUAGAAGCUACCACUACAAAGGCAGCAAUUUUCCAACUCACCUUUAGCGUCACAGUCUUGACAUGCAUAUGAUGCAAAGUUGUGUGACAUUAUUUUCCAAGACAAGAAAGAGCAUGUUAUGUGCAAGAGAUCUGAGCUUCACAUGCAGAAGGAGCUGCAGAUGACAAUGUUCAUGCAGCCCUUCCUGAACUUUAUGGAUGCCCCCAAGUUCAGCUAUCCCACUAUAUGCAUCUCACUAUCCCAAGUCACAACUGGCAUGCAGAAAGCACAGGAUAUGGUGGCUUGCAGCCCACAUCCCAAAUGCAUGAGUGUACUUAAUGAUCAGUCUUUUUAUAAUGACCUUCCCAAAUUUUUGUGAACAUUGUUUGAAACCUUGCUUAAUUUAGUGCAGUUCCUCCUUUGCAAGUUAAGUUGGAAAGAGAAAACAGUCUCUAAAAGAACUAAAAGUGUUUUGAAAAAGGUUCCCUUCCCACAAAACAUUCAGAUGCUUCUUUUGCCCCCAUUGUCACCUCUGGUCAAAGAGGUUUGGCAAGUUUUCAAAAGCAUCAAAACCUAUUUAGCCUAGGGCAUAUGUGCAAUGAGUUUAUGGACCAUGAGUGCCAAUCCCUCUUUCAAAUUGCCUUCAAUUCUUGAGGUGGGAAACCCCAUAAAGUUUAAAACUGUUGUAUCUUUGCUGUGCUUUAUUGGCUUAUUGCUUUUUGAUUGAAGUAGAAAUUUUAAGACGGGGUCAGCAAACCUUUUAGGCAGGGGGCCAGUCCACUGUCCCUCAGACCUUGUGGGGGACCAGACUAUAUGUUGCCAUGAUAAUGACCCACAUUUUUGGCAAAAACCCUUAUUGGUACCAACCCUAAUGUUGACCCUAAUUCGGAAAUCCGAACUGUGGCUCCUUUUCCCUCUUC